AGCUUCGAGGUGCUUGGAUUAGCUCAUUCACAAAUUCUACAAGAGAGCAAUUUCACUUUUUGAAGAAUAGAAUAGACCAAUCUCCAAUGUAACGAAGAUGAAGUGAUACAUAACUGCGAGUAUUUUAUCAUGAUAUUUUUAAAUCACUAUGUACGUAAAGAUUAAUCUCUUUUCAAAAUCGUCAAAAAAUCAAUGACAGAAACUGUCAAAAUGCACAUUAUUUUUACAAUUUUUCACUCAAAUUUAUAAAAUGGACUCUGAAUUAACGACUGACAAUGAAACUCAUGAGGCCCACACUGUUGAAAGGCCUACCCAAGAACCACAUGUGGUAAUAUUACACGAAAAACUAAUCAAGAGAAAGUCGGAUAGAUACAUACUCAAUAUUGGGUUGGCUUUCAGAAAGCUUGGCUAUAAAGUUACGAUUGUAACGUCCCAGUACGACAAGAAUGACUGCAUUGCCGACAUUAGGUUUUCAGAUUCAAUUCCAGUUUUGUAUUCAGGAUGGUGGAUUCCAAGGAGUAUAUUGGGGCUAUUCAAGAGCAACAUGUCAGCUUUCAAAGCUGCGUGGAUGGCUUUUAGAUUGAUAUGCUUCCCUCCAGAACCAAAACCACAAUUAGUAGUACUAGAUGUGAGCUUGUGUGCAAUAUAUUUCCUAAAGUGGUUCACAAAGUAUAAGGUAUUUUAUGUGGAAUCUUUUCUGGAGCUCAAGAAUACUGACGCUUGUUAUGAACACUCAAAAAUAUGUCCUACCUUAUUGGAAGCUAAGUGGAUAAAGCUAGCUGACGAGAUAUUAGUCGAAACGAUAGGAUUCGCUGAGAUUCUGAAGAAAUCAUAUCCGUCGUUGAACAGAAAACCCAAUGUCUUAUAUCCAUCUAUAGAUAUAGGUUUAUGGGAAGAGUCUGGAAUAAAAAUACAGAGGAUAGUGCCUGACCUGAUGGACAACACAGUCCUUUUCCUAACGAUUGGCAAGUUUAGAAGGUCUUCAAAUUUCAAACUGGCCUUAGAUGCAUUUGAGCUACUUUUGGAGGUUAUAGCUGAUAAAACGGUUACUAAACGAUUUCAACUUGUGAUUGCAGGAAACUGUAAAACUUUGGAAGAAAAAUUCCACUACAACGAAAUGAUGGCAGCGGCGAAGCAGAGAUUAUGUGCAUCCCAAGUAACUUUUCUGAAGCAGCUUCCAAUCAUUCACGAGAAAACACUUAUCAUGGAAUCUACCGUUAUGAUUCAUCCUGCCAAGAAUGACGUACAUUCAGAUUUUUUAUUGAAAGCAAUGAGUCUUGGGAAGCCAAUAGUUGCUUCCAAUAAGGGAAUCGCAUCAAAACUUUUAGUACAUCGAUUAUCGGGAGUAAUUAUAGAUCCUGAGCCUAGAAUGUUUGCUGUUGCGAUGAAGAAACUAAUAAUCAGUCCACAUUUACAAGUGUUUUUGGGUGAUAUGGCAAGAGACACAUUCGAAAAGUCUUAUUCUUUUGAAAGUUUCUGCAGUAGAAUAAAUAAUUUGGUUCACAAACCUAUACGGAAGGAUUCUGUUAGCACAUUGCAUACAAAUGCAAGUGAAAAUAUUAAAAUUUCAUAAGUGAAUUUACUCAUUUUCCGUAUGAAAUAUAUCUUUGGCAAUAUCUAAAUUAACCAUAUUUUGACUUCGAGAACACCUAUAAAAUCUUUUGUGGGCAUUUUUCAUUAAAAAGAAUCCAUUUUAACAGUUAAGGAUAACAUUUUUUGUAAAACUGACUAUGUGAACGUAUUCAAAAAUAAUAAACUUACCAUGAAGACGGUGA